CGCCCCGGAGUCGUGCAGCAAACAUCGGCGACGCAACGAGAAACCUCCACCUCUUCGUGCGAUUUUCUUUGAUUUAUACUACACACCUGCCUGCCUAGGUACCUUUUUUCUCCCCCCCCCCCCUCUCCCGGCCGCCGACCUUCCCUUUUGAACCCUUCACACACGGUCGAGGAACCAUUCCCUACACCAACACCACCACCAACAUGGCGUCACCCUUGGCGCCCCUCCGCCCGCUCCUCCGCGCGACCUCAAGACAGUCCCUCGCUCAGGUUGCCAGGAUAACAACAACACCACGCUCCAAGGCCGCCGCCGCCGCCACUACGGCCCAGCGCGCGACCCCGGCGAAAUCGACCACCACAUCCAGCUACGUCAGGAGAUCCCCGGCGUCGAACACCUCCCGCGCCGCCGCGCCGAAGGCGGCGACCACAACGCCCGCGCCCGCACCGAAGGCGCCAGCUACAGCACCCGCACCGACGCCCUCGGACCCCCCCUCAGCUGCAACACCCCUCCCCGAAGCGCCCUCGACCUCCCGCCCCGCCGAAACCACCUCGUUCUCCGCCUCCGCAGGCCCUCCCUACCAGCCACAUCAGCAGCAACAGCAGCAACAGGGGCAUGCCAUAGACUGGUCGACGUCGUAUUACGGCCUAGGCAGCCAGCGCUUCUCCAAGGAGAUCGUCGAUAUCCUCCUCCAGCCCGUGAACCCGGACGACGUUGAGGUGAAGCCCGACGGCAUCAUCUACCUGCCCGAGAUCAAAUACCGCCGCAUCCUGAACGCCGCCUUCGGCCCUGGCGGCUGGGGCCUCGUGCCCAAGGGUGAGGUUGUCGUCGGCGAAAAGAUUGUGACGAGGGAGUAUGCUCUCGUCGCGGAAGGACGAUUCAUCUCCCAGGCGCAGGGCGAAAACAACUACUUCGCGCUCGAGAACCUCCCUUCCGCCGUCGAGGGCUGCAAGUCCAACGCGCUGAUGCGCUGCUGCAAGGACCUCGGCAUCGCCUCGGACCUCUGGGACCCCGUCUUCAUCCGCCAGUUCAGGAAGCAGUACGCCGAUGAGGUCUGGGUCGAGCACGUCGUGACCAAGAAGAAGAAGCUGGUCUGGACCCGGAAAGACGUGCCUAUUACGUACCCCUUCAAGCGGACGAACUGAGUCCUGGAGAGGAUGAUGUGGAUGCGAGGCGUCGUUGUCGAUGAGGAUAAUACAAAAAUAAGUCCCGCGGGGAAGGGGAGUGUAGGAUUAGAAAGAGCGGGAAUCUCAAUUGUACCAAUAGACAUAUACAGCCCGUUGUGGCCCCUCGCCUUGGAGAGGGCAGGACCGCGGGCGACGUGUUGCGCGAAUAGACGCACCACAGAUACAUGUGCAUAGCGGCCAGUCAAUAUACCCACUCAUGUACUUUAUCACGCGGGGUUGGCCUUGCCAGCAUGGAAGGACGUGGAAGUAGGAAAUUCACUGUUUGGCACAGCGAUUCUCCCGGGUCUAUUCAGCCCUUGAAAAUGGGCAUCGAGUAGGGGAGCGCAGAACGUUUCCUGGUCCCAAUGACGAGCCACCUUGAAGUGUAUCAUGCUGACCCAAGACUCCCCUCGCCAACCCAAAUCUAAAUCAUGUAAAUAACAACAGCCCAUCCACGAAUAAAAUCCAUUGCCUUCCUAGAUAGGUAGGCACCAAACACCCCUCAUCGAAGUCCUAAC